UCAGGCUGCAAGGGAUUUCAGCGCUGUUCCCGUGUGAAACGCUGCAGUCUGCAGCCCUCCGGAAGAAGCAGCAUGAUCAAGAUGAAUUGCGUCCUGUUAACCGUCUGCCUUGUGCUGGCUGCUCUCUGUAGUCCGGGUUAUGCCCUAAGAUGCUACCACUGUGACAACAGCCCUACGUUGUGCAAGACCAACAGCACCUGCCUGCCCACUGAAGAUACUUGCCUGCAGAUGAAAUUCGGUAAAUUGAGAACUUUCUCCUGCUGGAAGACAUCCCAGUGCAACGCGAAUGACAUUGCUAUGUUCUUUCAGCUGGAUAAUUUCGACUACUUCUGCUGCCAGCGAGACUUGUGCAACAAGAGCCCCACCACUGGGGUUAACCAGGCCGCCCUCAGCGUUGCUUCCGUAAUCACGGUGCUAUGGAUGCUUCUCUAACAAGCCGGGCUUGCAAACUGCACUUUCAACAUGAAAUUGCACAUCUUCUCACAUUUUCCGUUCCUAACUGUUGACUAAAAUGCUCCCUUACAGUGUUCAAUUCUGUUCUUCAGGUUCUUUCUGUUACAUUAUUGUACGUGUUCCUCCCGGAGAGCUGCCUGUUGUGCUCAGCUGCAGGGAGUUUGGGUGUUUGGGCAUGCCACACGCAUGGGAAAAACAAAAUGGUUCUGAAAUAGUGUUAUCUUGUGGACAACCUGGACAACUUGGGUGGGAGAUGGAGCGAGGAGGAAAUACUAUAGGUUUUAUACUGAAAAAAAAAUGUAAAUUCAUAGUUUCAUAAAUAUAAAUUGCAAUUAUUUUUCGUUAAGAUUUUUUUUUUAUGCCACCCCGUUGCACACUGGGCAACCUAUUUGCCUGCAGUAUAAACUUAUUGCACUGUUCAUGGCUACUGCCAAAGUAUUUAGCUUGAAGUUUUGCAGAUUUUGUUCUUAACAGAAUAUGACUUUUUUUUCCCCCUUUUUAUGAAUGAAUAAUGGAACCUCAUAAGUACUGUUAGUUUUGGAGAAAGCAUCUCAAGUUCCUAAACCAAAAGCUAGGUAAUGCUAUAAGCAAGAAACACUCUUCCUCAUUUUACAUUUCUGUCAGCAUGUAGACAACACCAAAUAAGCUUUUGUAAACUUUUGUUUUCAAUUUUGCUUAUGGUUCCUCUUGUAUUGAGGAUUUAAGCUAAGCAUGUGCUUUGCACUAAAUAUUUCUUGGUAUAACUGAAAUGUUCAUAAAAUGCUAAGGAAUUGAAUUGGCACAUCUAGUUUAUUUUCUGAUGUACAUAGCUCUUGGUUUUGUUGAAAACGAAGCCAGGAAAUGUAACCCGUAAAGCUUCUACAUUUCUACAGUGCUGCAAGUAUUAAAAACUUGCUGCACUUUAUAUUUUGACUUUUCUGCAACUCUUAAGUGCCAACACAAUAUAUAUACAUAAAUAUAUAUAUAGCAUGAAGGAAAACACUCAGUUUGUACGAGUUUUAGAGCUCAAAUAUUCUAUAUGUUGUUCUGAUCCUUAGUGAUGGA